AUGGUGAAGCUGUCCGGUAUGGUCAUGUUUUCGAACGAUGGAUGCGGGAAGAUAGUGAAGGAAGAAGUUGAAAUAGAUGUGGAUGAUGACAUAACGGAAUUAGAUCUUACGAGACGUCGUCUGUUAUCGGUAGCAAAUUUUGGUUCGCUACCAAAACUGGAAAUGCUUGUCCUAAGGUGGAAUUUGAUGAAAAAGAUUGAAAAUCUCAACGGAUUACAUUGUCUUACGAGAUUAUCGUUCUAUGACAAUCAGAUUACAAAGAUCGAAAAUCUCAUGGAUUUGCCGAACUUAAUUACUCUGGAUCUAUCAUACAAUCGAAUCACAAAAAUCGAAGGGUUAGAUACCCUUAUAAGCCUUAAAGAACUGUAUCUAACACACAAUAAACUAUUAAAAAUUGAAGGAUUAAGCAACUUACAUUCACUAGAACUAUUAGAACUUGGUGAUAAUCGCAUAAAAAAGAUUGAAAACUUGGACGAGUUAACCGGUUUGAAGAAACUGUUCCUGGGAGCAAACCAGAUCACAACAAUCGAAGGUUUAUCCGCAUUGAAAGAGUUAACGGUGUUGAAUUUUAUCGGUAAUGCUAUCCGAGAUAUAGAAGGAUUGGGAGCGCUGACGAAGCUCACCGAUUUGGCGAUCUCUCAAAAUGGAUUGACAAGGAUAGCAGGCUUAACCAAUAAUCUAGCGCUUACAUCACUCGAUCUUAACGACAAUCGAAUAGAGAAAAUCGAAAAUCUCCAACAUUUAGUGAAACUUAAGAGCUUGUGGAUUCGCAAGAACAAGAUAGCUAACUGGUCAGAAAUCGCAUAUCUGAAUCGCCUACCAUCGCUUAGAGAUGUUGCUUUCGAGAUGAAUCCGAUCUACAGUACCCAACAUUUUUAUCGUAACCGAAUUCGUGAGAUAUUGCCACGAGUCCGAAUUAUCGAUGGUUUUCCGGCGAAAUGGAUUACUGGUGAUCCAUGGCAACAACUAUCAGAGGGAUCCGAAGGAUCAUGUGUCUAA